UUCCCCUCUUACCACAGCUCUUACUCUACACCAGCCGUCCCAAUCAAUGUCUUCUGAAAACGAAUCCACCUCCGGCUUUCACUCAUUUCGUCAGAUGAGCUCCAAAGAAAAGACAGACCUCAAGCGUAUACAAGGCCAGAUAUCUUGCGCUGAGUGUUGUAGAUUGAAGUACAAGUGCGACAAGAAGAAACAGAUUCCUUGCGGAUCGUGCGUCAAGAGGGGAUGUUCUUCUCUAUGUCCGACCCAGGCUCUGUCCUCUGUACCAGUAAAGGGCGCCAUGACGUCUGAUGUGGCUGCCUUGCGCAGGCGUAUCAGGCAAUUGGAAGAUGCCCUUUCAGCGCUACAAGCAACUACCUCUUCUGAACCACAUUCUCUGCUCGCUGAAUCUCUCUGUCUUCCAAAAGCAGAACUUCGAAAAAAUAGCUAUCCGGAAGAUGUAGAAACAUCAGACAUGGCUGAUGCACUGGGAACUUUGACACUCGGGAAGCUUGGAGAUGCAAGAUAUCUUGGGCGGUCAGCUGGAUCUGAGAGUCUUUUGGAAGACAGUCCCGAAGUAGUGGCCAGCCCGACUACAUAUGGCUUCGUGCCUUCCAAUCAUAUCGCACAACUCGUGAACUCCUUCCCUUUCCUAUCCGACAAUACCUGGGACGUCGAAAGCUCUGUAAAAAUUCUUCUCUCCCAUCUUCCACAAAAAGAGCGUGCGUGGAACCUGGCUGAGAGUUAUUUAACGCGCAAUUUCUGGUAUAUGAAGAUGGUGUCAAGGGAAGAGCUCGUUGACGAGUUAUUAACCCCCGCAUAUCGGUGUUUGACAACUGUGAAUGCGCGGCCGUCUGCACACUCGGCUAACGCAAUUCCUAUAUCUCCCUCGCGUCUUUCCCUUCUCUUCAUUUGCCUUGCUCAUGGGUCGCUGGCAGACUAUAGCAUGCCGAUGUACAGUUCUGAAUCGGCAAUUUUUUUCAACCUUAGCCGCGCAUGCUUGUCCCUGCAUCCAGUUUUCGUUUCACCAGAUUUAGCCAGCUUACAAGCUGUCACGUUGAUUGGGUACUACUAUGAUACCGGUGGUCCGAAUUAUAGCAUAGAAGCUGGUUGGGUGUAUAUGUCAAUUGCAGCAAAGUUAACACAUAGUCUCGGGCUACAUCGCGAAAGCGUAAAGUGGGGUUUGGACGACAAGACAAUCCAACGAAGACGGACGAUCUUCUGGGAACUGUACACAUUCGAUGGUCUGACUAGCUUAGCAUUAGGCAGACCGCCGGCUCUCUUUGCAGCUCACAGUAACACGCCGCUACCAAUUGACACGGAUGACGGCGUCGACGACGAAGGAAAUCUGGAACCUGGAUUCCAUCAUUGGCGAAUGACUUUUAGCAGGGAUGUCAUAACUGCUGUUGCGAAGGUCACCCUUUCGCCUGGUAUGCCUGACUAUCAAAGUAUACUCGACCUUGACCAGCUUGUGCGGGAACAUCCCCUCCCUCGAGAAUAUGACCCUAUACACUCCUUGUCUCUCUCACUCGAAAAGAACUCACCCGCUACCUCAGUGGACGAAGAAGAAGAACAAGUUGGAUACGAGGCUUCGAUGAUUGCUCUGAAAGGCCUCCAUCUUAAUCAGUUCAGAGCAGUGGUGAUCAUCCAUAUACAUCGAGCGUUCUUUGCGCAGGUUCUUUUACAGUCGCCAUCGGAUCCAUUGAACAGCAUAUACGCACCAUCCUUCCUCGCGGCGUAUCGGACGUCUUCGAUGAUGGUCCAUUUGAACGUCAAGCACUUUUAUAAGUAUUCCGAAAUCCUUUCAAGAUAUUGGGAGAUUUGGACUGGCCUUCUUAGUGCCGGUAUAAUUCUUGGAUUGAUUGUCGCAAGAUCGCCUAGAAACCCUGUCGCAGCAAACGCUUAUGCAGAGCUAGGGCUCGCAAUAGACCUCUUCAAAAUGGGCGCUCCCAGAUCUGCUAGAGCCAAACGCGGACUUAACGUGUUACUUCGGAUGUAUGAAAAGGCGACCAAGUCGAUAAACUCGCAGGUGAAUACAGAGACGGCCAAAUUGAAUGUCGUACAAGAAGAUGCAGAUGCCCUGCAUACGUUGGAAACUUUCGCAGGUUACACAAAGCUCCUAAUGAAGAAGAUGAGGUCGUCGAGAAAAAUUCCGAAGUUCGAUAGUGCUAACAGUGGAUCGGAAGGGUCAGGGCAGCACCGACAAGAAUCAACCACGUCCUCGAAUGACUGGUAUAUCAAUCCUCCACACUCCGACCAACAAUCCGAACACUCAUUCUCAUCCUACCCAUCCAAUUCUCCCUCGUUUUCUGUGCCAGGUCCAUCUAAUAACCGUACUUUCCAGCCUCAAUCUGAGCGUGCCUUGCCGGUCGGCCGACAUUCACUCCUUAAUAAUAGUGUCUCUACUCGCUCGGGAGUCCCAUUCGAAUACAACUUGGCCACUUCGCAAAACGGGGCACCUGCUUGGAAUCAUGGUCCUUCGUCUACAGGGUCUGCCACUCAGCAUGUGUGCUGGAAUGACAGAGAGAGUCGCCUUAAUCCAUUAGCUGUACACCGUAGAGGUGGCUACGACGCAAGGCCUUCGUGGACGUCGACACAAGCGCAUGAAUCUGAUCCUUCUGUCCAACCAGGAACGAAUCAAGGCUGGAGACAUGUCGGUGGACAGAAUGCUUCCGGACACAAUGCAAGCACAAACCAGAUCCCCUUUCCUGAAAUGGAUGUGCAAUGGGUGGAACUGAUGCAGAAUGAAGGUGUUUACGGUGUAUCUGAAAUGGAUGUGCAAUGGGUGGAACUGAUGCAGAAUGAAGGUGUUUAUGGUGUAAAUGCUAGUGAAUACGAUAGUGCACCUGCUUGGCCGGGAAUAUAGGGUGUAAAUAUGUGAAAAGAUGUAUGGGAUUUAGGUGUAUCUAUGUGAACAUUGAAAUAUGUAUAUAUAUGUAUCAUAUCAGUAAGUUAUGUACUCAAAAGAGCCUGAGG